GAAUAGCAUUUCCAUUUUGAGAGGCACAUAUUGAGAAUGUUCCUAAAUUCUACAGCAUUGAAAGUUUCUAAUCAAAUCCUCUGAACAAAUUCUCUGUAUUUCUAGUUUUGGUACACACAACUCAGCUACAUCGUUAAUGGCGUUUCACAAUUUUGUUCUUCCUCUUCAUUCGUGCAUGAAGUAGUAAGAAAGCCAAAGAAAAAUGGUAGUAGGGUUUUAGAGCUUUGAAUAAAGAAACAUCUUUUAGUAUAUAGAGAUAACGAUAACAACUACGUAGGUUUUGUUGUAGUAGUAGUAAGUUUCUAUUUCCAGUGAUUAAGUUUGAAAAAAAAAGGGAAAGAAACGAACGGAAAAUGCUGAUGUUAGGGAAAUUUUAUAUAUUUUGAGAUUUGGGUGGUUAAUGUUUGAUUCUGUAGAUGUGUUUUGUUUUUGUAAUUGUGGUAUUGUGAUGUACUAACUGAGAGCAUUUUGGGUGAGUUGUUUAGGGUAGUACUGAAGGAAAAGGAGGAGGAGAAAUGAGGCUGGUGGAGCCUGAUGUUAAUGCAGUGCGAGGUUAUAGGGCUGAGAGAUUAGGAGUGAAUGGAGUUGAUUUGGAUUAUGGUCGUUGCUUUAUACGUGAUAGUGGGGUAAUGGAAAUGUAUUCAUGUAGGCAGAGGAGUUUGAGUCCUGUGAGAGAGGAAGGGCCUCGUCGUGUUAGUUGGCAGAGAAGGGAGGUGAUGGUUGGGGAUCAAGAUUUUUGUGAUAGAGGGGAUAUAAGGGAACCCCAGUUAGGGAGGGAGGUGAUGGAUGGAGGUGAUAUGAGGGAACCCCAGUUGAGUAGGAAGGUGAUGGGUAGAGAUCAACAUUUUAGUGAUAGAGGUGCCAUACGGGAACGCCAGUUGAGCAGGGAGGUGAUGGAUAGAGAUCAGCAUUUUAGUGAUCGAGGUGUUAUAAGGGAACCCCAGUUGAGGAGCGGUGGGUUAAUGGUGAGAGAUGAAGAAUUUAACGAUAGAGGUGACAUAAGGGAGCCCCAGUUGAGGAGGAGUGGGUUAAUGCUGAGAGAUGAAAAAUUCUGUGACAGAGGUGAUAUAAGGGAACCCCCGUUGAGGAGGAGUGGGUUAAUGGUGAGAGAUGAAGAGUUUAAUGAUAGAGGUGAUAUAAGGGAACCCCAGUUGAGGAGGAGUGGGUUAAUGGUGAGAGAUGAAGAAUUUGGUGACAGAGGUGAUAUAAGGGAACCCACGUUGAGGAGGAGUGGGUUAAUGGUGAGAGAUGAAGAGUUUAAUGGUAGAGGUGAUAUAAGAGAAGCCCAGAAGAGGAGGAGUGGGUUAAUGGUGAGAAAUGAAGAGUUUAGUUAUAGAGGCGAUAUAGUGCAGCCUCAGUUGAAAUCGCCACCUGUUUAUCACCAAGUGCAUGAAAAGCCUCAACAUUAUUAUCAGGCUUCUUUGAGUAGGGAUGAGGAAGAGAGUAGAAGAUCAUUUGAUUAUGAGUACAGAUAUGAAGCUGCACGCUGCACUGGUGUGGAUUAUGAUAUAGAAUAUGACAGUGCUAGAAAUAGGUUUCAUCCCAAAGAUGUUUCAUGCUACACGGAGUCAGCGUUGCAAUCUAAGGAUCUUGCUCUCCCCUCUCAGUAUAAGGAAUGUUUGGCCACAUCCUCUGGAACCUCUAGGAUGAAUUAUACCCCAAUGAUUCAAGAUGAUAUGCAUUUGCUUGGAGAUAUUCAUUCAAGGAUUUCCACAAAGCUUAGACAACCGUUAUAUCUCAAUAAAUAUGAGGAAAAUCACAGUUAUAAUACCCUGGAAGAUUAUGCAGCUGGCCUUAAGGGAUUGACAAGCUACCAGUCUGAUAAAGUUAGUUCUCCUAGGGGUGACAAUAUGAAUCAUGUAUAUCCUAGAGGGAGACCAAGCGAUACUAGUGAUUAUGGUCAUUCAUAUGAAAGGACUACUUUGCUUGAACAGGCAGUACUUGACAAAAGGCAUGCCCGGGCACAAAUCCUUUUGGAACCCCUUAGGGAGAAUAUUAGUGACAAUGAGUUCCCUCGAAGAGAUGUCAUCAAAAGUAGUUCAUGGGAUCACCAUUCUUUGAACAAACAACCAGUUUCAAUGAGCUUAUUUGAUGGCAGAUCAUUAGCGAGAUCAACCCUAGGUCAGUUUUAUUUGGAUUUUGGUGAUACUAAUGUUGAUACACAAAAUGUAAGAGAAUCAGAUAUAGAAAAUUUGGAUGUUCCCUGUCAUGAAGAGAUUCCUCUAAGGCGACUGGAUUACCAUAGCAGCAAGGACGAACACUCUAAUUUCUAUGCUGAGAGGUGGAGGAGAUCAUCCCGUCUUGAACAUGAAAUGGAAAUGAUUGGAGAUGGGGUUCGACCAAAGAAGAUUGAAUCGGGUGUAAUUGGAUGCGAUGGUCAUCCAAUAAGGUCAGAGAAGAGAAAGUACAUUUUAGAUGAAGAAAUGAUGAGGCACAGCUCUGGACAGAUUGUGUUCAGUGAAAGGAAGAAUAACAUUAGCAGAACUCAAGAUAUAGAUUAUAGGAACGAGGCGUGGGAUGAUCAAGAUGCUAGCUGCUUACCGUCUCCGGAGAACUUUGAGGAUGAUAAGUGGUUUCGGAAGGCAGAAAGGGCAUACAGCAGAGACCUUAACGGUAGAGUUGCUGCCACUGGUGGUUUAUUGUCAUAUUGUGGUUCAAUAAAUCAGGGGAAAAGGCACCUUAUUAGACCAUAUAUUUCUGGUAAAAAGCAAAAGGUGUAUGAGAAUCCCAGUUCACUUAGACAGUAUGCAGUUCAAUGUAACCAGAAACAUCAUCUUACAAAAAAUGUUUGGAUAAGAGACAAAGAUGACAAACAAACAGAAGCAUCUGACCAUGUGGUUAAAGAAUUAAAGGAUCAGGUAGCUUGUGCAAAACCUGAGUUGCCUGAAGACUCAAUUGAAUUUACGCAAUUGGUACAUAAUUUCUCCCUAUCUUAUACCAAAAAGUUGAAUGAGAGUGUUGCAACUCAGAAAAGAUACAAGGAGCAAGGCAGGGCUGGUGGAUUAUUCUGCAUUGUUUGUGCCAAUAGUCAAUUGAAAGAAUUCAAAGAUACUCGAUCCUUGGCAGUACAUUGUUAUAUGUCGCAAAAGGUGUGGUUGAAAGCGAAACACUUGGGUCUUCACAAGGCAAUAUGUGUCCUAAUGGGGUGGAACAGUGAUGCACCCCCUGAUGGCAAACUAUGGUUACCAGUGGCUGUUCCUGCCCCUAAUGCUUUUGCCCAGAAAGAAGAUCUUAUUCUCUGGCCACCAGUGGUUAUUAUACAUAACUGCUCUGGAUUGGUAACUGGCCUAGAUGGGCAAAAAGUUACGACUACUGAAGCUGUUGAGAACUUUCUAAGAGGUAAAGGUUUUAGUGGUGGUAGAAUGAAGGUUUGUAUGGGGAAGCCUGGUAAUGGCAGUAUAUUACUGGUGAAGUUCUUGGGCACUAUUCCUGGCAUUCAGGAUGCAGAAAAGCUUCAUAACUACUUCAUGGAAGAAGAGCGUGGAAGGAAAGACUUUAGAGUAAUAACUUCAACCAAAGGAAAAGGCAUUGACAACAGAAAUGUGAAGGGAGGUAAAGCUGAGGAAAUUUCACUCUAUGGUUACAUGGGAAUAGCUGAAGACUUGGAUAAAGUUGAUAUCGACACCAGGAGGAGAAGUUUAAUCAAGAGCAAAAAGGAGAUUCAUGAUUUUGUAGAUGCUCCUGUCAAAUCCGUUGGGAAAGAUUAAGGAUUUUAGUUUUCAUCGCAGCUGGAGAGAACCCCACCAGCCAUCAUCUUUUCAGAACAUAGAAAUUGAAUCACAGAAAGGGGAAAAAGAGAGAAAGUAAUGUAGAUAUAGUAGGAUGAAAGGAAGGUACAAAGAAAACUGAAGGAUUGUGAAUUGGGUAGAAUUCAGUUCAUAUCCACAGCUUUGUAUCAAACUUUAAAAACCUAUAAAGCUAGCUUAUGGUACCUCUCUUUUUUGCUUCAUUAUUGGCUGUUCUUUUGCUACAUUAGUGCUGUAGAUUGCCUUUUGUAAAACUUUGGUGCAAAUCAAGCACAUAACAUUUAUGGGGUAAAGGCCAAGCUUCUUUUAGCUUA